GUCGGUGAAGGGAGUUUUAUUUUGAAAGUUUAAACGGGAAGUUCAACGCUGCCCCCGCGGCGCAUGCGUAUUGCCACACACUUGACAGGCUAGCUGCAGGGGUAGCCGAGUUAGCGGUGUGUUAGCCACGUAAAGUUUGGACUCGGACGCAGAGCAGGCGGUGAAAUGUUCCGGAGAAAGCUGACGGCCUUGGACUAUCACAACCCCAACACCUUCGACUGCAGAGAUGAGACACAGUUCAGAAACUGCAUCGUGUGGCUGGAGGACCAGAAGAUUAGACACUAUAAGAUCGAGGACAGAGGAAACCUGAGGAACAUCCCGAGCUCAGACUGGCCCCAAGCCUACCAGAAGUACCUGCAGGACGUGAGCUGUCCAUUCGGAGUCCAGGAGAGACAGGAGGCCUUGGACUGGUUACUGGGCCUGGCUGUGCGAUAUGAAUACGGAGACAAUGUGGAUAAGUAUAAGAAGUGUGAGCCGAUGGCAGCCUCCAGCAACAGCGACAAACUAGUAGACCCCCUCGUCAACCUUGACAGUAAUUCUCCAGAUUUCAAAGCAGGAGUGAUGGCUCUGUCGAACAUUCUCAAGAUACAACGGCACGAUGACUACCUGGUUAUGCUCAAGGCCAUUCGUAUUCUGAUCCAGGAGAGACUUUCUCCAGAAGCCAUCACUAAAGCCAGCCAGAACAGAGAGGGUAUCCCAGUAGCCUUAGACAAUCACAUCCUGGGUUUCGACACUGGAGACGCGACCCUGAACGAAGCGGCUCAGAUCCUGCGCCUGCUGCACAUCGAGGAGCUGAGAGAGCUCCAGACCAGGAUCAACGAGGCAAUCGUCGCCGUCCAGGCCAUCAUAGCCGACCCCAAGACAGAUCACAGGCUGGGCAAGGUCGGCAGAUGAGAGCGAGGAUGAAGAGGGACGCUGCAGGAAGGAAGGAAGGAAGGAAAACAAGGGAGGGAGUGACUGAACUACGGGAGUUUUAAUUUGAUUUUGAGAGGAAAAGCCUUACUCCGUUUGAAUUGGACAUAAAUGAGUUUGUUUUUCGUUGUUGCAUGAGAUCAGACUGUUCAAAUUGGGAAUUUGGAGCAAAGUUGUGGAAAGUUCUCAGAUACUGGUUUUCCUUUUUGUACGGCAGCAGUUUACACCAACAGUUUCUGAGUAGUUAGUGUUGAAACACUCGUUUCUUUUAGUCUUUAAUUUCUUCAAAGACUUUGGUUGAACCAUCUGAUGAUCUCCUGGCUGCCACAAUCUCUCCCUUAACAGAAACCACAGAGAAGCUUCAGAAAUCUUCAAACUGAAGGUUAUAUUUGUAUCUUGUCUUAAAGAGGAAACUUUUUGUUUUUGCAGAUGGAACAAAAGCUUAUUUUGAAAAGGUCUACAGUGACGCUGUGUGGGGAAAAUAUAUAAACCCAGCUGAACACAGUC